AUGAUGCCCACACUCUAUGCUGGGCACGAAGAAUGCCACCUUAUCGCCAAAAAAAGCCCUGCGCUACAGCAUCAUUUGAUUGAAAUGCUACGGGUGUAUGACGUGGACAAUUCAGAGCUGAUUUCUCAGCAUGAAUUCCAAGCUGCCCCUUUGGACUGCUGCUUCUUGUCAGACUUCAAUCGCGUUGCAGUGGGAGGAUUAACUGGAGGAAUACACGUCUUUGACGUUCAUGGUGCUAAGAUAUCCCAAGUCGGCCGCCAUGACGCCCCUGUUCGUUCUGUGCGCUUCCACAGGCCAACGAAUCUCGUCUACUCUGGUGGAUGGGACAACACGAUUCGCGCAUGGGAUUUGCGCUCUCCGAGGGAGAUUGGUAUGGCGGCGAUACACGGUAAAGUGUACGCAAUGGAUUUGAAUGAUGACAAACUAGUGGUCUGCGACUCUAUGAAGCGGACUUACAUAUAUGACAUCCGAAACGGCGCGGAGAUGAUCAACGCGGAAUAUCGCGAGUACGGUUGUUCAGAUGCUGGGGCCUCUGAUCAAAUUCUCAAGUACCAGAUAAGAUCAGUCCGGUGUUUCCCCAACGGCCAGGGAUUCGCCGCAUCUUCAAUCGAAGGGCGCGUCACCUGGGAAUAUUUUGAUCCCAACCCUGAGGUGCAGUCCCGGAAGUACGCCUUCAAGUGCCACAGGAUUAAAGAGGCCGACGGCUCGGAGACAGCCUGCCCCGUGAACUCGAUUGUCUUCCAUCCUCGGUAUGGAACUUUCGCCACAGGAGGUUCUGACGGCGGCGUGUCAAUUUGGGACGGGUUAAGCAAGAAGAGGCUAUGCAGGGUUCCCCCUCUACCUACAAGCGUUUCAAGCUUGGCCUUCAACUCUAGCGGCACUCUUCUUGCAAUGGCAGUUUCAUAUAUGUUUGAACGGGGACCGCAACCGGGGCAACCCAAACCCCAAAUUAUCGUGCGCGCCGUGAGAGAAGAGGAUGUGCGCCCGAAGUCCUGA